CAGAUCAGCCUGAUCAGCGUAUACAGUCAGAUCAACUCUCUAGUCUAGUCCAAUGCUGCGUGGUUAGUAAUUGUGUCCAAGUUGUCAUAGCAACUGUGCCACAAUGUAGCACAGCACACACUGCGAAAAUUAUUUCCUUUAUCAACGUUUUUUUGACACCUAAAAUCAUGGACGUGGUUAAGAAACAACAAACAUAUUUUAUGCAUGAAGAUGAAGAAAAAGAAGAAGAAGAGAAGCAAUUUUCCAAAGAAGUUGAUGAAAUUCAAAGGUCUUCAAUUGGGAACCAGCUGCGAGUUGGGUUCUUUGGAAGAGAUGCUUGUGCCCAGACUGACGUCUCAGAGUUGCCUACUAUCAAUUUGCUCUCCAGCACCACAACUGCUCUCCUGAAGGAAAUGGAAACACUGAAGAAAGAGGUGGAGAUGAAAGUGAAGUUUAUGAAGGCCCAGUAUGAGUCCAGACUGCAAGAAGAAGCAGAGUGUCUGUAUGCCAGAAUCAAUGACAAGGUCAAGAGUCUGGAGAAUCACCACAAGGAGAAAGUCCGAAUUAUUCGCAAAAGUUACCAACAACAAUUUGCUGACGCGAUACCUGUGAUCAAUGCCAGCUUCAAGAGAUACUACAUGAAAUGUGGCGACAGGGUGGAAACGCUGGUCGGCGACACAGACCAGAUGAAGGCGCUUGUGGCAGAGCUCCAGAAGAAAUCCCUUCAGAUGGAGUGCAUCGGUGAACAGCUGAGGGACUACGAGCAGAGGACUCUGGCCCAGAUCAACUCAGAUCAGGGACUUGAGGAUGCAGAGAAAGACUGGCUGAGGAGUGAGAAUGAAAGGCUGAAGGAUGAUCUGGAUUCUGUGCACAUACACAUGGAGGAGGUCCUGGCCUCUGUGGGCACCAAAGAACAACAGUUGGAGGAUCAAGCUUACAUGAUCCGAAAACUGAAGGCCAAUGCAGCGGAGGAUAAAUUAAAUAUGCAGAAGAUGAGCAAUGACUGUGAACAACUAAAAGCUCAAAUCAACCUGGAGAAAGAGAACACCAAAAGAAAGAUUAAGGCAAUUAAACAAGACCUGGAGAAAGAGUUGAAAGGUGUGGAGGAGUCUCACAAAAAUGAGAAACUGGCUAUGGAGAUGAAGUUAGAGAACGAGCAGCAGGCAGAGAAGGAGAGGCACAAGGCUGAAAUACAAGCCCGGGAGGGUUUGAUGAAAGCCCAGGCAGCAGAGAAACAUCCUGUGGUUCAGAAGGAAGAGGGAGACUUGAUCCAGCAACUUGAGGCGCUGAAAAAUACAGAAACUGCCCUGAGAAGUCAAACUGCUAAGCUCCAGAAAGACCUGUUUCGCUCCAAUGAGUUAUGGGAGGUGAAGUUUGAGGUUCUGAAUCGGAGUUUCCACGCCAUCAAGGAUGAGAUGUUCCUCAGGCAGACACUGCAGCGCCAGGCAGCCCAGCUCCAGCACGCCUCUGUCACGUACACGAUGGACACUCCUGUUUAUCACCAGAGUACCGGUGGAUACAGCAAUGGGUUCAAAAUUCCUGGUUAUACCACAGGCACGCCCCUGCCAAACAUCGGAGCUGGAGGUCACCAUAAGAGGAACUGUACCAGUCAGAGGAGGGACAUGGUCGUGCCAGAUGGGAGGAGAGAACUAAUGCACUCUCCUGUUCAGGCAAGCUGUUCCCUAACCCUCCCUGAAUCCAGACCAGAGACUACAUCAUGCAACCUACUGGGUAUUGUUGAGGCCAUUCCUACACUGCUGAAAGGGGGUAACCACUGGUUUGAUUCAGUUACACGCUUUGAGUCCCAGCUGGAGUCAGGUGAUGAUGAUGAUGAUGAUGAUGGUGGGGAGGAAGAGCUGGCAGGGAUCCUUCCUCUUCCUCAUCCUUCAUCCCUGGCCAGACAGACGUCCUCCCUUACCUCCGCUGUCAACGUCCCCUUCAAGUAA